CAAACGCAAUUGCUGCCAAAAGCAGAUGCCAAAAUAACGUAAUCAGCAUGUCAUCCUAUCGCAGUUAUGCACCUUGGAAAUCGAACCUGGGCAGCUCAUACAAGCCGAGCAGCUCUACAUACACUUUGGGAUCGGACUUGGGCAGUGGUGCCACGUCGCGCUACACUUCGCUGGCCACGCCCAGCUCCUACAGGCCCUCGUUCUCUGGCGGCACGUAUCGGAUCAAGCGUGAUCCGCCUGCUCCGACGCCCGUCACCAGCUACGUGAGUCGCUAUGCCAAGACGGAGCCCAGCAAGCCCGAUGUCACCAGCAGCGAUCGCAGCAGUCCCAUCAAACGCUACACGGGAGCCAGCACAAAGCUUAGCAAGUAUGGACGUUCGCGGGAUCCGAGUCCUGUGGCACUGGAGCACACGAAUCGGGCGACAUCCAAGUCAAGGGAUCCCAGUCCGCAGCUAGGGGGAACUGCCUAUCGGAGCAGCGUCUCGAGGAAUGGCUACAACAGUCGCUAUGCACCAAGUGCAACGAGACUUAGUGGAGCCAGUAGCACGCUGGACAAGUCCAUCUCCUAUUUGACGACGAGUGACUUUCAUGCGAGGAGUGCCAGUCGCAAGGCGAGCAGGGAGAAGGAGGUGGAGGAGCAGCAGCCAAAAGCGGAAGAAGUCAAAGAAACAGAAGAUGAGCUGAACAGCAAAGAGGAGGAGCAGCAGGAGGAGAAGGAAGAAGUGCAGCAGGAAAAGGAGGAGCCAGAGGAAACGUUCGUCUCUGUGGUGGUGGUUACGAGAGCCACCUCACCGACGCCACCUGGCAGCACCACAGUGCAGCGCACACGUCGCAUAGACAUAGCCAAGACCAUUGAGAAGACCAUACAGCGGUCGACAAGGAAACGUCAGACGCUGGAGAAGGAGAUACAAUCGGAUCGACUGGAUGACUCCACACGCUAUUUACGCUACAGCGCCGGCGGCAGCAGCUCCAUCAGCUCCAGCUACAGCACGCACAGAGAUCGCAUUAGCAGCCUGCGCUACAGCGCCAGUCCCCAGGCAAGCAGCUCACCCAAGUCAAGCACGCCCAGCGUAGAGAGCAAAAGCAAUGGAGCCGUGAGCCUGGCCAGCAGUAAGUCCUCCAGCAAGUCCAAGCUAUCGCCACCUAAAGCAGUUCGCUUGAAUUCUCGCCAAUCCUCAGUGGAGAAUCUUGUGAACAAACCACCCGCAGUGCCCGCCAAAGCGGAGUCGCCCACCAAGAGCUGCAACGGCAGCAACAGCUCGAGCAGCUCCUUAGCCAAAUGGCCCUGGCCCAACAAGGACUUUCGCAAAAGCUCGUUAAAUGUGGGUCCUACGGAUAGACCGAGGCAGUCUAGAACGCCCAGCAGUGGAGGCGAGUCAGAGGAGCCAGUCGUGGAACGCUCACCAAGUGCAGGAUCAGACUGCAGUGCCUCAAAGCCUGUCAAGCUGACCAAUGGGAAGACAGCGGCGCGACAGCUUAAAGGGCAUAAAUCAUGCAAUGGCAGCAAGGAGAGCAAUGCAAGUAGCGACAGCAAUGGGAGCAAAGAGAGCAGCAUAUGCAAUGGAAGCAAUAGGACCAAUAGAAGCAAAGAGAGCAAACAAAGUAAUGGAAGUAAUGAAAGUAAUAGCAGCAAAGAGAGCAGCAAAGAGAGCAGCAAAGAGAGCAGCAAGGAGAGCAAAGAGAGCAAGGAGAGCAGCAAAUGCAAUGGCAGCAAUGGGAGCAAGGAGAGCAGUGCCAGCUGUUCAACCACCUCUGCUUGCUCCUCGUCCGAUAGCGAACAGCGCGCGAAGACAACUAAAAAAGCUAACAAGAAAAAAGCGCCAGCAAAUGGCAGCCAAAACAAAGUCAAAGAAAAGGAAAGGCAAAGAGAGGGACAGCCGUCGAAAGAGAGUGCGAGCGAGAGCGUAGAAUUAGCAUUGGGCAACCAAAAUAGCAACAAGUCGUCGAUUGAGUCACCCAAUGGGGGGGUGGCAGUGGAUCGGUCGCAGUCGCAGUCGCAGUCGCGGCUACAGAAACUGUCGAAGGUAUCGAAUUUUUUGGCCACUCGUCAGCAAGACACAAAUAGUGAGCCGAUCUUCCUCGAAAGCUCCGAGAGCGCUGGCAGCGAGGCGGAAUCCCAACCAGCUUUGGCCAGUCUCUUGCUAGACACGCAAACGAACGAACCAGCGACAACGACCGCGACGACGACGUCAAAGUCGACGACGACGACGACGACGACAACGAAUCCAACAACAAGUCCCAACCAAACGACUACCAGACUGGAAAGCUUGACCAGCGAGGCGCAGCAGGAGGACACAGAGGAGCCCAGCUGGUGGCAGGACACGAGCUUACAGAUCAACACAGCUUCCGCCUUGGACAACAACAAUCGCAGCGACAUGCCCUACAGACUGAGGCACAUCGAUUCGGGCGAGGAUCAUGCCUGGUGGCUGCGCCCCGAUGAGGAUGAUACGCUGGCAGAGACAACGCUGAAUGCGUUGGAUGACGAGCAGGAUGCGAGUGCUGCGACUUUAUCGCAGGGAGAGACAGGCUACAGAUGGAGCAGCAGCAAGGAGGAGCACGAAAGAGAGAUGGAGCAGGAGGAGCAGCAGAGCGAGCAGGAGCAGCAAGUGAAGCGCAUGCCACGCAGUCGCAUCUCACCCGAGCAGGAUGCCUGGUGGCUAGACGAGGAGCAACAGCAACAGCAGCAGCCGGAAUCCAAAUCGAAUGGCUACCACGAGGAUUGCAACAAUGUGGAGGUGACCUUGAAGCUGCCCAGCAGCAGCAGCAAAAGCAGCCAAUCCGCAGCUAAGUCGCCUUCCUGGUGGCAAGCAGGACCUGCUAAGAAGCUCUUCAAUGUGCAGCGCGUGGAGUCUGGCGAGCGCGCCUGGUGGCAGGAGCAGGAGCAGGUGGAGCCACAGCCGCAGCCAGUAAAACUGCCAACGCCGCCGCCGACGCCACCGCCACGCAUCAUCAAGCCCUGGGACUCAGGUGAACGUGCCUGGUGGCUGGCGGAGGAGGAGCAGCCAGAGCAGCCGGAGCAGCAGGCAGCAAAUGGCGACCAGGUCGAUGCUCAGGUGCUCAAUCAGCCCUGUGAGAUGAGCAGCUCCUUCGAUUUUGCCUACUCGGUGCGUCCGAAUCCGUUAGGUCAGUGCGCCAGUCCGCUGCCGGCAGAGCAAACGGAUCAAAUCGAGCAGCGAAAGCUUUGCGCAUCGCCCUACGAUAACAUUCCAAUGUCAAAAGUUCAAAUGGCAGCGCCGCAGUUGCAGUUGCAGUUGCAGUCGGCGUCACAGUCACCGCCAACGCCGCCGCCGCGCUACUCUUACACGCCGCCCGCGUGCCGUGUGGGCGAUAAGCUUUUCAUUUCGCGUCAUCAAAACAUUGAUGAGCUUUUGGGUGGCGCAUGCCGGCCGCUCAGCCCGCUCUUCUACAGCGGCGGCGGCGCAGCCGAGAGCGACGCGACUUCGCUGCCACUGGCGAGCAAAAAUAUGUUUCUGCUGGAAGAGAUAACGCCGGAUCAAGUGCGCAUUCACGAUAGCACUGCACAGUUGCCGGUUAUAAAGCGCAUGCAGCGCGAUGUGGAAUGGCUAGGGAAUGGCAGCAGCAGCAACUUUUAUGAGCAGCAGAGGCAGCAACCGCAGCAGCGCAGGAUUGAUGACGCAGCCAUUCAGGUGUACAAGGAUGGCGACUUUGGCGCUUAUCUGGAUCUGGAAUCAUCGCUGGCUGAACAGACCGAGGAAAUUGAGGGGCUGCAAGCCAGUCGCAAAAAUUCUUUGGUUAUUCGCACACAGCUGAGCGUUCGCGUUCAUGCCAUUAUAGAGAAACUUCUUUCAUCGGAGGGCAGCGAUCUGCGACGUGCCCUGUUCUCGCUCAAGCAGGUGUUCCAGGAGGAUAAGGAUCUGGUGCAUGCCUUUGUCGCACUGGGCGGUCUCAAUUGUCUCGUGAGCGUCGGCAAUUGCGCCGAUCAAAACUAUCAGAACUAUAUACUGCGUGCCCUAGGCCAGGUCAUGCUCUAUGUGGAUGGCAUGAAUGGCGUUAUGAAGCAUCAGCCCACCAUGGAGUGGCUCUACUCAUUGAUCGCCUCCAAUUACCGUUCAGUGGUCAAGACGGCGCUCAAGCUGUUGCUCGUGUUUGUGGAAUAUGCUGAGACCAAUUGCUAUGUGUUAGUGAGCGCCAUUCAUGCAGUGGACGCAGCCAAGGGCACUUUGCCCUGGGCCAAUAUUAUGAGACUGCUUAAGGACUACGAUAAUGCAGAUGCAGAGCUCGUGAUCUAUGCCACAUCGUUGAUAAAUAAAACCCUAGCCGGCCUGACAGACCAGGAUAGUUUCUAUGAUGAGAGUGAUCUGCUGGAACAGCAGGGCAUGGAAACGGUUAUACAGCGCUAUAUGUCCAAGCCAGGCACAGAUCUGGAUCUGCUUGAUCAAUUGCAGCUGUACGAGGCGGUGUUGAAAUUCGAGGAUGGUGAAUCGGAUGGGCAGCGUUUGCCACAGAACUCAAUGCGUAAGACUCAACGCUAUCGUCCGGGCGCCAGCACCACGGAGCGACGCAAAUCGCGUCGGCACAGCACGGACAAUAGUCCGGCGCCUUUGACCAAAGUGCUGCCCACACAAGUGCUGCGCAUGACACCCACGCAGGCCACAGUCGAUGAGGAUGAUAGCUCUGGCUCGACUAAUUCUACAGAGUUCAGCAGCGGCAUAUUUCAGGAGAAGAAACCGCGCGAUGGCGCAGGUGUCACACCCGGACUGAGACGUCGACGUGAGCGCGCGGAGCGGCACAAGAGUUUCCUCAAGGAGCAGGAGGAGGCAGCGGCCAAUGGCAUCUUUGCAGCACGUGAGCUGCGUGAAAGCUAUGGCCAAAUCGUAACCGCCAUUCCUGCAACCAUAAAAAGCGGCGACAGUCCGCCGCAAUCGCUGCAAUCGCUGCAACCUGAGCUGCCUGAGCUCACGCCCACGCCCUGCAACAACAACAACAACAACAACAGCCACAGCCACAAUAACAACAACAACAAUAGCAACAAUAGCAAUAGCCAUCACACCCACAACAACCACAUUGACACGCCCAACAACAGCUUGCUGCUGAGUCCCACGAAGCAGCUGUUGAGCGGCAGCCAGAGCAUCUCGAUCAUCAACAACAGCUUCGACAAGGCCAACAACAAUAUGAACAACCAGAAUGAGUUCCUUACCAAAAAGAAUCUCUUUCGGGAGCGCAACGCAACUGUGAUCAACGGCAUCAUGAAGAACAUACAGCAGACAGACAGUGCCUACAAAAAGUAUGAGAACGAUGCCAAUCGACUGAACAACUACUACACACAGCUCAACCAAUCGCCCAAGCAUCUGGCCGCGGCACAGGAGAAGUCGCUGAAUGGCAAUGGCUUUGAAUUUGUGCCAGACAGUUCAACGCCUCUGAAGGCGGAUGCUUUGCCUGCGCCCGAACCGCUGAGUCCCAUACACAAGCCAGCGGCAGUGGCGCCACCGCCUCCACCGCCUCCACCACCGCCACCACCACCUGGCUGGUGGCAUAUGCCCAUAGCCACCAAUACAAAUGCAGCUAGAACCCUAACCAGUACUAACCCAGAGCCUCCAACAGCUAUGGAAGCAACAGAUCUGGAAGAUAAGGAAAUGCUAAUGCAGCUGAAACGUGAUCAUACCGUCAAAGAUUUGACACAGAAAUUAUGCAAUCUGCCCACAAGUCCCACACAGGAGCCAGGCAGCCGUGCCAUAGUGGGAGACAUGUCUGGCCUUAUUUCGAAAGCCAAAGAGGGGCUUGCCAAAAGCAAGAGCAAAGGUGAAAUUUCACGCUCAUCGAGCGUCGAUCAGGAACUGAAGAAGGCUGAGCCGAAGAAAUCCGAGAAUGAGCUGCACUGGGAGGAGCUGGUUCGCAAUAUGACGCGACCCUUGAAUCUAUGUGAUCUCGACUUUACCGAUCUGCAUUCGGACGAUGAAAAGGAUGUGCUGGCACCACGUGGUCUCGGCGCUGGCAUACCGCCACCGCCGCCACCACUUGGAGGCGGCAUGGUCAUGCCACCGCCCAUGAUGCCGCCCUGCUUGAUGCCGCCGCCCAUGUUUAGCUACGCGGGCUACGGAGCGAGCAGCCUGACGAACAGCGUGAAUAGCUCACUGAAUGGCUCCAUCAACGGGGAACUGGCCAAUGGCAAUAAUACCAUCAAAAAGAACAAGAAGACGGUCAAGCUCUUCUGGAAGGAAGUGCGCGAGGACAUGAUUCCACCGGUGGUAGGUAAAACGAUUUGGGACGAGCUGCCCGAUGCCAAUGUGGACACACAGAAGCUGGAGCAUUUGUUUGAGUCGCGCGCCAAAGACUUGAUGACUAAGGAGAAGCAACAGGAGCUGAACAAGAGCAAAGAGAUCAUCGUGCUGGACCACAAGCGCUCCAAUGCCAUCAACAUUGCAAUGACCAAGCUGCCGCCACCGCGUGCCAUCAAGGCUGCCAUCUUGAAGAUGGAUGCGACUGUGGUCACGCGCGAGGGCAUUGACAAGCUGCUGAAUAUGCUGCCCUCGGAUGAGGAGCGUGGCAAAAUACAGGAAGCCCAGCUGUCCAAUCCGGAACUGCCGUUGGGCAGCGCCGAGCAGUUUCUGCUCACGCUGGCCUCCAUCACAGAGCUGGGCGCACGUCUUAAGCUGUGGGCCUUCCGCUUGGAUUUCGACAACUGCGAGAAAGAGAUUGCCGAGCCGCUGAUGGAUCUCAAGCAAGGCAUUGAGAUACUGCGUCAGAAUCGCACCUUUCGCAGCAUACUCUCCACGCUGCUCUCGGUGGGCAUCUUUUUGAACGGCGCUCCAGUGAAGGGCUUCCAGAUCGAGUAUCUGGCCAAGGUGCCGGAGGUUAAGGACACAGUGCACAAGCAUUCGCUGCUGCAUCAUCUCUGCCACAUGGUCAUGGAGUCCAGCAGCGAUACAACGGAUUUGUAUUCCGAAAUUGGACCCAUUACGCGUGCCUCUAAAGCCGACUUCACCGACCUCGCACACAACCUCACCCAAUUGGAGUCGGAGUGCAAGGCAUCGUGGGACCGUCUCAAGCUCAUAGCCAAGCACGAUUGUGCCCCGCCUCUCAAGCAGAAGCUGGUGGAUUUCCUAGCCGAUUGUGCCGAGCGCAUCAUCAGUCUGCAGACGGUGCAUCGGCGCGUGAUGAAUCGCUAUCGCAAGUUUUUGCUCUGGCUGGGCAUGCCGCAGCACAGUGUCUCGGAGUCGCGACCGAAUGAAUUCUGUCGCACGCUCUCCGAGUUCGCGCUGGAGUAUCGCACGACUCGAGAGCGCGUGCAGCAGCAGCUCGAGAAGAAGGCCAACCAUCGCGAGCGCAAUAAGACGCGCGGCAAGCUGAUCAUUGAUAUGGUCAAGUUCAAGACCAAAGAGGAUGUGGCUGAUGCCGAGCUGAAACAACUGCUGGGCACACCGAGCCCCGAUCAGGCGGAUGGCACGCUCACCUGGCGACGUCGCCGUGCCGAGCAGCUGCGCUCGCCCAUUGCCAGGCAGAGCGAGGAGCAGUUCACCGACGGCGAUGAUGAAAUACUCGAAUCGCUGGUCAAGACAGCGACAAAGGCAUCGGGCAUACGGACAACGCCACGUGAACGCAAGCGUACCCGCCAUGCGGAUCGCAAGUCCUCGCGCUAUGUUUAGGCACAACCAAACACACCCACACACACACCUCUGCAAACUCGAGGCUACAACAACAAUUCCAAAAAAAUGAAACCAAACUGAAAAAAGAAACCAAAUCUAAAAGCUGAUUAUUCCCGUACUUAAAUUUGAUGACUUCCCCGCGACCCCAACUCAAAAGCUUACGCACUUUUUUCAGUUCUUUGCUAGCUUUACGUAUCGGUUUGCCUAUAUUGGGUUUUUAAUUUUAUGUUUUCUUACCAUUAACGCACCCAACAACAAACAAUAAAACCAAUCAACCAA